AUGGGUAUGCUCCGACCAGGCCGGGCGAGGUCCCUCCUCCUCGCCAUGAUGGCGGUCAUCCUUGUAUGCACCGUCUAUCUCUACUGGACCCCGACUACCGCAUCCUCCACCGUCUCCGUCGUACCAAGCACCGCAUUCGAGGUCCCAUUAUCAGAGCGCCAGAAAGAUUUCUGGAAAGCAUUCCAUCCUAUCCUCGAACGUCACAGCCCCCAAUGCCCCUCGCCGCAGAAAUUGGGCGAUGCAGGUGCGAUCCAUUUCGACCCCACAAAGGAUAGUCCGCGGCCGGAUAUUACCGCUAUGACUGAGGAAGAUCAGAAGAUCAUGGAGGAGGCCCAUGCUAGCUUCAUUGGAGAUAUCAAGGCAGCUGGGAAAGAUUUAAAACCAGUCCAUACACCGGGAAAGCGAGGUUUGGUCUCCACGGCGGGGUCGACUUACAUGCCAGUCUUUGUUUCCUCUCUGCGCAUGCUGCGCAAAGCUGGCUCCACAUUACCCGUGGAGGUAUAUAUGAGAGAUGCAGGUGAAUACGAGAAGCGCAUUUGCAACGAGGUGCUACCCGCCCUCGAUGCACGGUGCUUGGUGCUGGGAGAUGUGAUGGGAGAGGAUGUCAUUGCGCAUUACCAACUCAAGAUUUUUGCCGUCCUCUUCUCCUCAUUCGAGGAAAUUGUCUGGAUGGAUGCAGAUUGUUUCCCUCUUACGAAGCCAGAAGAUUUGUUGGAUUCAGAGCCAUUCAAAUCAUCAGGAUUGGUUACAUGGCCUGAUUUCUGGGCCUCGUCUGCAUCACCGUUAUACUACAAGAUCUCGCGACAGGAAGCGCCACCCAUGACUGCCCGACAGUCAUCGGAGACUGGCGCAUUCUUGGUAUCUAAGAGGACACAUUUGUUCCCUCUCCUGCUCGCUGCUUAUUAUAAUUUCUAUGGCCCAUCACACUAUUUCAGGCUGCUGAGCCAAGGUGGCCCGGGCGAGGGUGAUAAAGAGACAUUCCUCCAAGCCACUAUGGCAAUGGGUGCGCCAUUUUACACAGUCAGUGAGCGGGUGCAAGCCAUUGGCCACCAGCUUACUGACAAAUUGUCGGGCUCGGCCAUGGCCCAGACAGACCCGCGAGAAGACCAUGCUCUUACCAGCCAAGAUAAGUGGCGAACCAAGGAUCCCAACGUGGCACCGGCUCCUCAUAUAUUUUUCAUCCACGCAAAUUACCCCAAGUUUAACCCAGGAGACAAUGUCUUUGGAACAGGAUGGGAAACCACCCCCACCUUGAAGGAAGAUGGCUCUGAUUCCCGUGCUUGGACUGCACCAGUUGAUACAGUCCGACGAUUUGGAUAUGAUAUUGAAAAGAGUUACUGGGAAGAGAUCAAAUGGGUCACAUGCAACUACGAAUCUCUCUUCAAAUCGUGGCAACAAAAAUCAGGUCUCUGUCAGAAAGUUGAAGAAUACUGGAGUCAUAUAUUCGCUGAACCGCAUGACGAUGAUCCAAAAUUCACCCUGGAUGGUUAA